UUCUAUAAAACCGAGGACUCUAGUGUGGUUUACAGUUUGGGGCUUUUAUUUUGGAGCUAGAUGCCAGUGGCAGAUGCAUGAGUUUCACUUUAUCUCUCAGGAAAAGGAAACGCCUCCUUCUGAACAUCAGUCUGGACGGUCUCUGGCUGGUCCACCUCCCACUGAGAGAUGAGAGGGAUUGCUCACUCUCUAGUCCAGCAGCAUUUUGUUUAUUAGCUCUACUGUCACAAACCGAGAGAACAACCUUUCACUGCUUCUCUAUACAAAUCAUGAGAUCCUAUCCAAGAGUGGGAUAAGAGACCAGGUUCAAAUUUGGAUCUAAAUCUUUUUUCCAGUGGCUGACAAGCUGUGCAGCUCUCAUCUGGGACCAAGGAUCUGCCUGUGGACGGGGUCCAGGAGUUAGGAGUGUAAAACAUCCUGGAGAUGGUAGAUAUCUGAAGCCACAGUGAACCAGAAUGGAGCCUGUUAAGAGAGACAUGGAGCUGCUCAGUAACAGCAUGGCGACCUACGCUCAUAUCAAAGCCAAUCCAGAGAGCUUCGCCCUCUACUUCAUGAUGGGUGUCUGUUUGGGUCUGCUCAUGGCGCUGUGUCUCCUGGUGGGUGUUAUCGCCUGCAGGACUCGUCGCCACAGCAGACCUCCCCCUUCACCUGAGAGGAAACAGCUGAAGGAGACCAGUGAGGAAGAGGAGGAGGAUGAGGAGAGCAUCACAGAGGAAGACGGGGAAGAGGCAGAGAUCCCCAGACACACAGUAGGGCCCAUGAGUGAUCACAGCAGCCUGACUAAUGGUACUCUGAGGAGUGUGAAUGUGUUUGCUUCACAUGAGGAGCUGGAGAAGGCAAGACGGCUGGAGGAGAGGGAACGGAUCGUCAGGGAGAUCUGGAGGAACGGGCAGCCGGACAUCCUGGUCACAGGGACGGGGACGAUGGGACGAGUGCAUUACCACUAAGAGACUCAGACUGCAAAGGGAGCAGCACUCUGGACAGAGUAUUCUCAUCUCAAUUUGUAUGGCGACCCAAACAGAUCAACAGUAAAGAGGCUCUUCAUUGCGUUUACACAUUAAGAUGAGUGCACUCAUAAUGAAGCUGUAUUGGAGAGAUAGAAUAGGAAAUAAUAACCUCAGGAUUAGCUCAGGUUAGGCUUUGGACUACAAACUGGGGCGGCAGACGUGAGGGUUCAGCGGCAAAUUCUUCUUACAUUCUUUUUUUAACCAAAGAAUAUUUGUGAAUUUGAUAAAAUUACUUAAACAACUAAUUUACAUUUUCUUUUGAUCAACUAAGUUUGGCUCUGGAAAGCUUUGAUGGGAAUGUUUCAUCAUUUUUAAAUGAAGAAAACGAUCUCUAAUAAUCUAAAGAGAAAAUUGUCAUUAGCUGCAGCCCAGACUGGUCAGAGAGGCAGUUUCUCAGUGGGAGAAUCUCGGCAGAGGAGACUUUUCCCACAGAAACCUUCCAGUUUCGUCCCAGCACUGAUUGUAUCUCUGACCUGUCACUUCCUGUGUUUUCCUUCCCACAACUCCAAGUGAAGAUUUUCCUGCAUCUCACAUUUUGUCUGUUCAUGUCUUUGCUUGUACAACAUCUUGAUUUCUUAAAAGCAGAUAACUUAUCUUUAAAAAAAAAAAAAUUACUCUUUUUCCAUUACAUUUUUUCCAGAUGACUGAUUUGACUUGUUGGUCACAGGUUUUAUAUUUUUCUGAUGGCACAACAAUGUCACUCUUAAAUUGUAUAUUUCCACUAACUUAGUUACUUGAACAAAAAAAGGACACUGACCAUCAGCUCUAUGGCACUACGGUGUUUGUGUUCACCAGCUUCCACCGUCCAUGAGUUUUUACCAAGGCAGGAGAGAUAUAAUAUCAAAACAGCCCAAACACAGUGAAGAAAUCUUCGUUUCUAAAUAAAUCUUGCUUCAUCACUGGAUACAUGCAAAAGCAGGCCUAUCGAGGAAUUGGCCGGCAAGACGUCACCUUGACCGCCUCUACUGCUCCACCUCAUGGCCAGUUACGGGCAUUUGUGAUCUUUUUACAUUUUCAUCAGUAACUCAUGACCUGUGCACCUAAGGAUCCUAAAGGACUGUACUGAAUUUCAGCUCAUGUUCCUCCCUUUUCAUUAGCAAACACAUUGCCAUCAGUCAUUUUCAUCACUGUACAAGAGUCCUGGACUUAUAAGGGUUCAAAAUAUAUCUUUUUUGUUUGUUAUUGCCCCUGGUGGGAUUAAUAAAGUUUUCUGAUUGAGCUUUUUGAAUGUGGGAAAACAAA